AUGGAGGGGGAAAGUCUACUGGAGCGUAUAGUUAACGGAGACGAGAACCCGAGGGAUCUGCCAUUAGCACUGUUACGGCGCAUCACGGAUGAUUUCUCUACAGAGAGAAAAAUCGGCGAGGGAGGGUUUGGACUGGUUUACAAGCACUUUGUACCUAACGAAAGUGUGCUGGAGCGUAUAGUUAACAGAGACGAGCCAUUAGCACUGUUACCGCGCAUUACAAAUGAUUUCUCCAAAGACAGAAAAAUUGGCCAGGGUGGAUUUGGAGAGGUUUACAAGGGUUUACUCCCAAACGGGAUUAAUGUUGCUGUCAAGAGGAUGCAUGUGGAUGCACACACAGUUCAUGACAGGCUAUUUCGCCGUGAGAUCAUUAGCCUGAUGACCAUCAAUCAUCAAAAUGUAGUCCGGUUUCUUGGCUUCUGUUCUAAUACACGUUAUAUGACGAUAAAAAAGGCUGGGUCAGGAAAAAUUAUCCUUGUCAACGUGAGAGAAAGAUUGCUCUGUUUGGAGUACAUCAGCAAUGGAAGCCUUGAUAAGCAUAUUACUGACGAAUUAAGGGGACUUGAAUGGGAAACACGUUAUAAGAUAAUCACCGGAAUUUGUAAGGGUCUGUGUUAUCUUCACGAGGAAAAGAAUAUUUCUCAUAUGGAUUUUAAACCGGCAAAUAUAUUACUAGAUGAUCAUAUGGUCCCCAAAAUUACGGAUUUUGGUUUGACAAGACCAAAUGAAAACUCAACUACUAUGGGUCAACAUUUUGGAACACGAGGAUAUCUCGCGCCGGAAUACGAGAACACUGGCAAAAUUUCAGUCAAGUCUGACAUAUAUAGUUUGGGUGCCAUAAUUCUUGAACUAGUGACGGGGUGUAUGUCCGUCCCUGAUAAGAAUAAUGUACUUCGAAGGUGGAGACACAGGUGGAAUAAACCACCAACGUUACUACAAUACCAGCAAGUAACUAGAUGCCUUGAAAUAGCACUACAGUGCAGGCAACAAGAACCGGAACAUAGACCAUCCAUAUCGGAAAUAGUCAGAAGUCUAAGCCAGAUAAGCCCUUGUUUCGAUGAAGAUGACAUGCUUGAUAUUAAUCCGCUCGAACUAUGGCUUCCUUCUGUGCUUAAGAAGGAGAUAUCAUGCUCAAUUGAGCUAACCAACAAUACACGUAAUUGCAUUGCCUUCAACAUCCAACUGCCAAGCAUACAAUACAGCGCACAGCCAUACAAAGGCAUUGUGCAACCAGAAUCCAAGUAUCACGUGCAGAUAAAAGUGCAAGCACGAGAUGUUCGUGAGCAUGACCAUGCCGACAAGUUCAUCGUGCAGAGCAUGAAACUGAGUGAGGGUCUUAGAGAUGAGGUUAUCACAGAAAACAUGUUCCAUCAAGAGGCUGGUGAAGUUGUUGAUGAGGUGAAUUUGAUGGUUGUAUACGGGCCUAUGAAUCCCCAAAAAUACAUGCCAGCUGAGGUGGAUAGACCUUAUUAUGAAUUAGAGAAGAAGCUACAGGAUUCAGAUGGAACACCAAUGUCUUUUCCACUAGACUUUUUGAAGGCCAUCACAUGUAAUUUUUCCAGUGAGUCAAUCCUUGGUGAAGGUGGUUUUGGAGAAGUAUACAAGGGAGUUCUUUCAAGUGGGAGCAUUGUUGCUGUGAAGAAGCUUUUUGACAUACAUUUAAAAGAGGAUGCAUUCCAGAACGAAGUAUGUUAUCUCAUGGGGAUUAAGCACCCAAAUGUAGUACAGUUACUAGGUUACUGUGCAGAAUCAAUUUGGGAAACGAUGGAGUUCCCAAGUGGUAGUGGGAAGCGUGUUUUCGCUGAAAAACCAAAAAGGUUGAUCUGCUUCGAGUAUGUAUGCAACAAAAGCCUCGACAAACAUAUUUCUGAUGAAUCUUCGGGCCUUGACUGGAAUACAAGAUACGAGAUAAUCAAGGGGAUUUGCAACGGGCUGCAUUUCCUUCAUGAAGAAUGCCGUAUGGUUCAUCUGGAUCUUAAGCCUGAAAAUAUAUUGAUGGACUCUACUAUGAUGCCAAAAAUAGCCGAUUUUGGUUUGUCGAGGAUCUUUGGCGAGCAACAAUCACGAAUUUUCACUAAUAAUAAAGAGGGAACACUUGGAUAUAUGGCACCAGAGUACAGAGUCCGAGGUGUAGUAUCGUACAAGGCAGACAUCUUCAGUUUUGGUGUCAUAGUCAUAGAGAUAAUCACAGGUGGUAGGGACUAUCCAUGGGACUAUUCAUAUUUCCAGCAACAUAGUCCCAACCAUACUGAUCCAUCUUUCCAGCAGUUCACGGAGAAAGUGCUUGAGAGUUGGAAGAACAAAUUUGUAACCACACCAAACUAUAAACCAGUGGAAAAAUAUACCAAACAAGUAAGACAAUGUGUCACCAUAGCCCUAAAAUGUGUGGACCCUGGCAUGGAGAAAAGACCUAAUGCAAAGGAUAUAAUCGAGGAGCUUAAGGCAGUAGACCAGGAGGUCCAUGACUGCAUAUAG